AUGAUGUGGGUUGUGGCAUCAGUAACCAGCAUAUUAUACCCAGCCAUCACAAAAUAUGAAGAAAGAUUACGAAAUAGCACACGUCCGGUGUCUGAUGAGUCACUUCUGUCUUCAGACAGUUGUACUUUCUGCAGCACAUGUACUGAAACACCUACAUGUGAACACUACACCUCUACAACUGCAAAGACAUUUCAGGCAGAGCCCUGUGCAAACGCCAUCAAGAGGUCAAUAGCACGACUGGCCGUACCUUUAAGACCUCCCUCUGCCCAUACGGAAAGAACAGUUGUGGGAACAGCAUAUCACAGGAAAGGACACUCUGAAAGCUCUGAAUUUAAAUGCAGCACCAUCUGUAAACACCCCGAGCCUACAACUUGUAAAUCAGAUACUCACCUUUUCACAUUAACUGGAACAGGCCUGAAAAAAUCUAAGGAUGCUGCCACUGAAACGGAUGGCUUAGAAUACCCAUUGUCUUCAGAUAGACAAGCAAAAGCUGUAAAUGAGGUGGAAGAGGUAAAGAAUGUUUUUGACAACUUUAAAUGUCACCUAAAAGAGGAAACCGAGUUGAUUUUAGAAAGCAUUUUCCAAGAAAUGGUGUGUGAUUUAACUGAGGCCAUCCCUUGCCUUUCUUCUGUUACCACUGAUAUUUUAGUUGACCAGAUCGAGGCUGACAGAGGAGGCUUACUGUCCGGUGCCAGUAUUUCCUCAGCAGCUGCUGAAAUUGUGGAAAAUAUGCUUGAGAAGCUACAGUCUGCAGUUGACAAAAAGUGCAUUGAGGCAUUUUCACAAGAUUUGUCAGCCUGUUUUAAGCCAGAUUUGGCAACCAUCGAAGAACAGUUUAUUUCACCAGUAGAGAAACCUUUAAAAGUGCCACUCCCUUAUACUUGGCAGAACACGAGUGACAUUGCAGAGGAUAUUGUGCAUGUGAUUUUAGAAAAGCUGAUGGCUCUUGCGUCUUCUAAACAACACGAAUGCCCAGGGCUUGAAAUCCCAGCUGAACUUGGUUAUCAGCAACAUAAGAAAGAUCCAACAUACACAUUCCUUCAAAAAGCCAGCAAAAGGAAAUCGAGUACUGAACCAGAUGGAGCCAAUCUAAUUGGCAAAGAAGAAAUAGAACAUUUAGUGUCAAACAUUUUUUCCCAAUCCUCUCUGGUUGGUUAUAUUGAAGAUGCAAUCAGCACUAUACUAGGUUAUAUACAAAUUGAACUUAAUAACGAAAAGCUUAUUGCCACUGAAGAAACUGUAAUCAUCCUUCAGCUACUUGAUGAUAUCUUAACUCAGCUGCAUCAGGGGGCAAUGAAAGCAAAUGUCCGAAAGGGUAGAUGCCCCAGACUGAGAAGUCCUUCUCGUACUGGAGAAAAGAAGAGGCUCGCCAGCACUAGAGCAGCUAAUGGUCCUAGGUCUAGAGGACUAUUUCCACCUAUUAAUGUUCCUGGCAUGGUCCUUUAUUCUGAAGACGAAAAUGAAGAAAUAGACAAAAUUGUGGAAAAUGUGCUCAUUUCAUCUAUCGAAGAUGAAGAAGAAAAAUUACAAGUUCCUAGUCACUGGUUAAAAAGGGAGAAUGCUGAUUUUGAAUACAAAAGAAAUACCAAAUCACCUAUAAAGCCUGCUUCUCGAAGUAAAGUAGCAUUUCGUGAUUGGGGGUCAAAGACUGACCAUCCAACUUUUAAUAAUGAGGACUUUUUUAAGGAAAGACCGUGUUCGAAGGAAGAUGUUUUGAUUUUUACCCAAGAUGAAACACAUCAAAUACAAAAAGCUUCAGAAAACAUAAUUACAAGUAUUUUAGCAGAAAUACUCAAAGACAUAUCUUCUGUGUCCCCAGGACACUCUGACCAUAAAAAUGAUAAAGACGCUUCACUUCGUACCUCAGGAAAACCUCGAGGUCUGUCACAACAAGAGUGGGUGGACCAAAUGUUCCCUGUAUCAGAAAUCCGUGCAGUGGCUCAAGAAAUAGCAGAUGCUGUGUUAAAAAUACUUCAUGUGACUUUAAAUCAUGAUAUUGAUGCCACUAGAGAUGCCAUGUGUUCUUCAUCGGUACAUGAAACUUCUCUGAAUGAUGCUGACAUAUCAAAUGAAGACCCAUUAAAAAUGUGGUUUCAGAGUAAAAAGAAAAUGAAAUUUUUAUCUUCACUCAGCGUCGGCCUGACAAAGCCUCCCUGGUUAGAAUCUGGGGAAAGGCACUCAGCAUCUGAAAGUGUAGUUGACGUUAAUGAUAAGAUCACUCAUGCAAUUUUUAAAAGGCUGAAGUCAUUUAUUUUUCCAAAAUUGCAAAAGUACCUCAAACCAGAAAACCAUGCUGCCAGUUCGAAGCUGGCAAGUUGCCAUCCACUGGCCAUGAAAUUGUCAUUUCAGUUCUGUCUUGGUACUUACACAACUAAGGUGGUAAACAUUGUUUUGGACGCUAUCCACGAUGAACUGGAACGUAAUAAGAAAUAUCUAAAUCUUAGGGAGAGUAGUCCUCCCAAGAGCUGGAUAGAUACAGGAUAUUUUGCCAACACUGAAAAGGAAUUAGACUCUGUUGUCACAAAUCUCAAUAACGACAUUAUGACAAGCUCCUUAGUAACUUGUAUUUGUGAGAUGCUAAGCGUAGCUACAGGUGAAGGUAGUGUUCCACUCCCUUCAGAUAAGUUAGGGGUUAAAAUUCCAUACGGAACCGCCAACAUUAAUAAAGAAAAAAUUUCACCUUAUCAUUGCUUUCCCAUGCAAGAGGCAACUCCCUCUGAAAUUCGCAAAUGUUUGACUGUUCCACAUACUCGAGGUAGUGUCUUUAAUGAAAAGGACUUCAAAAAAAAUGCCAGAUUUCAAGUGUUAAAUAGAAUUGAGGAUACUUUGUACAAUAUGCUUUGUAAGCUUGUGGAAGACCAUUCAUCUGCUCCUUUAUCUGAUAAUGAUCAAAACAGAGAAUGGACCAGUAAGAAACUAAGAAUGACCACUGUGUUGCAGUCUAAUAUUCAGCUUAUUUCUAAUACAGUUCUAGAAGAUAUCAUUACAAAAUUAUGUAGUGUCGAGAGAGAGAGCAUUUUCUCUAAUUCCGAAUUUAAAGCUAUCUUAGAGUAUUUUGACACCGACAGCCUGUCAUUUGCUUCCCUUAUGGAGGAAAUGACUAAAUGCACUGAUGUAAUCUCCAGCAUGGUGUCCAGUGUGAUCAAGGAAACAAACGAAGAGGUGACGAACAGCAAGGCAAGAACUGCUGCCCCCAAAAUAGGAAGCACAAAAGAAAAUCAUUCAAAUAAACUGAAAGCGCUGGCUUCUGAUAUCCUUAAAACUGUUUUUGCUAAACUAGAAGGGUUUGCCAUGAGGAAUUUAGAAACUCUGGACAUUGUAACCAAUGGAAAUAAAAAUAGCAAUACGAUGGUCUGGGAAAGCAAAAGUACCAACAUCUGUACUGGCACAUCUGUAGAACAAGUGCAAUCUGUAUUGCACAUGCAUGCCAGGAAACUAUCAAGUGCUAUUCUGAAGAUUAUUCAUACGGAAUUAAAUGUGAGCCUGCCAGGUACGGGGCUGUGUGUGAAUCUAGUACAAAAGAAACAGAUGCUUAAGAAUCUAGUCAAUUUAAUUUUAGAUACCAUGCCUCCAGAUAUAUUUAGUGAAACUGAACUUGAAGAGAGAGCUAUUGAAAAGUACAGAUACAGGCCAAUCUAUGGAAAUUUUCUUCCUGGAGGAGCUGAACCAGACUCCAGUCUAGAAGAUCGUGCACAUACAGAGAAAGGACACACUGGAGAGGAAAGACCAACAGAAGAAGAAACUAAAUCAGAUUCACUUAAGCAAUGGGAACUAGAGAUGACCUUAAAAAAAAUUGAAGUAGAACUUAAAGAGCCACAAAAAUCACCAGUUGUGCCCAUUGUAAGAAAGAUUUUGAAUGAAAUUUUUGAGAAUGAUUUACUCGAUCAUUUUAACGUGCCUCCUCUCCCUCGGCCUCAUUUAUGUGACACCCCUCAUGCUGGUGAUGAGACAGUUGCUCAAGCCUCUGUUCCAUUCCGGGGUAAAACAAUGGGUCCUUUAGUAUCUGAAGCUGACGUCAUCGCUGUUACAGAUGGGGUUAUUAGAACCGUAAUUCAAAAGCUUUAUGCAGUUGCUGUAACAGAGAGAAAUGAAAACAGGUCUAGCUCUUUCCCGGAACGUGCUAGUGGAGGAAAGGACUCCAUGUUUUCAACCAUAUUGGACAGAAAGUCAUGUACAUUUCAGUCUAGAUUCACUAUUGAUAAACUGACCAAAGUAAAUGUAGUUGAAGAUAUUGUACAGUCAGUAUUAACAAAUUUAGAAAUCUUCAUUACUUCAAAAGUAAAAUCUCUGUUUUGUCCUGCUAUCAAUGUCACCGUUCCAGUGGCUUUAUUUGUACAGCAGAAUGAGAGUUCAUUAAGCCAACUGUGGUUAUCUAGCAAAGAUUCAUAUUCUGGUGAUCGAGUUGUCUGUUGCUCAGUGGGUAAUAGUAAGUCAGGAAAGACCACCUCAAAAUGUCAAAUGACUGUCUCCAGAUUAAAUACAUAUGCAACAGAAGUGGCUAGACAAGUUUUACAAGGAAUCAAACAUAAGUUGGAUGAACAAAUAAAAAGUCCAUUCUUAACGCAUAAUGUUGAGGCUUUCAAAAGUAUUCCAAGUCAGAUUGUUAACACAAUGUUAGAUAUCAUGUCUACUAAAGGCAAAUAUGAAAAACACAUAUCUGGCAGAGAGACUGAUAUAAAUCAGCCAGAAAGCAUUGUUGAAAAGCUGUUCAAUAAAACUGAUUAUCAAAAACAACUGCAGUUUCAAAUACUAGAUACCAUUGAAGGUAUCUUAAGUGACAUUUGUGAAAAAACAUUGGAUGAGAAUAACCUCCCACUUGUGGCAUCCACUCUUCAGUCUGGUAUAGAUGGGAGAGAUUCAGGACCAAAAUCUCAAGUGGGCACUGAGUGUCCAAAUAGAACUAUUCUAAAAUUUUUGGUUCCUGAGUCAUGUGUUAUGAUGAUGUCCAAUGAUACGGUAAAUAUUGUUCUUCGUAGUCUCAGAUCCAUUGUUGUGCUUGGCAUAAAUGCAAAGAAUUCUAUCUCUGCGAGGCCGCCUGUGACUUUUUCUAAUGCAUUUCCAGAAGCAGAGCGUCAACAACCUUCUGUUGUGGGCUCAACUAAUGAAAGGAAUAGGGAGAUCUUUCUAUUGGCAAGAAAAGGAAAGAGCAGACAACAAAUACCAGCUUAUUCGAAUGACAAUCAGACUAAUAUACUUAAGAAACAAGACACCAAGAAAACUGUUCCUGACCCAUGUGAGGAAAAUGCUCACUUCAUUACUAAAGCUAUUUUGAAUAGCUUAAAAUCUUUUGUCACAGAAAGAAUAGAUUUGCUAUUAACUUUUGACUCUCAGACUAGAGAGGAAUCAUUUGUUAGCCCAAAAUUUGCACGCUAUGAAGAAGAGGACAGCCUAUUUCUUGAAUCAAACCAAAUGCCAUUGGAUGUGAAUAUUCUGAAAACAUCGACAGCUAAAACCAUUCUCAGUCAAGUCACAGACCACACAUUGGCUAGUUACAGGCAAAAACAUAGGCCUGCAAUUCAUAUAUCACAGGCUAGUCUUAAGGAAUAUGCUGACAUAAUUGCCAGUACCAUUUUGAUGAUUAUUAAAAAUGACGUAGACCUAGAAAUGCAAAAGAUGUAUCUGUAUCCAAACAAAACAUCAUUCCAAGAAAACAUCGUUGCAAGUGAAACUGUCAACAAUAUCUUAAAGAAUUUAUGUGAUAAAAGAUCUUUACAGAAAAGCAGUUUUUACUCAAAACAGAACCCUAGCCUCUUUACACAAAUAGAUGUACAAGAGGAAGAAAAUACUGAAAUAUUGCCGGGUCAAAGCAAGAUGGAAGACCACACUGACGUGUCUCUCUUUUCAGAAUGUGUAAAUCAAAACCAAAUGGUAUCAAAAAAAAACGAGAGGAGAAUUUUGGAUGAAGUAUUUAUGAGAAAUAAAGGACCUAGGCAGGAAAAAACGACUGCUUUGUUAAGUGUAGUAAAGGAGGUCUUAAAAAAGGUGCAUCAAAGAAUAAUAGAAGAUGUAGACCACUUGCCUCCAUUUAAUGAACCGCCCUACUUUACAGCUGAUUCGAAAUGUAAAACAUCAGCCUCCAUACGGAAAAAGACCUUGCAAUCACAUAUAAACAAUGUUGCAAAUGAUAUAGUUGAAAGCGUUUUUGGAAAAAUGUUCUCCAUAGUUAUGACAUCCUUGUAUGAAAAUAAUGAAACCAAAGGAAAAUUGGAAGCCCCCGGCAAGGACAAAUCACCAGUGACUCCAUCACACUUUAGGAGAUUGAAAGAUGAGAAAAGGAGUAUUCUACCUGAGUUUGAGCUUCCUCGAGUUUAUCCUUACAGCGGCAUUACAAGUGUCACUCCAUUGGAAACUGUCUGGUUCCAACAUUGUCCACUGCGUGUGGGUGAAGAAUUGGUCCAAAUGGUUCUCAAUAAGAUAGUAAAUUUUGCUUUGCUAAAUCUAGAAGAGGGCUCAUCUCCUAAAAGUCAAUCUGAUGAAAUGCGGUCUCUGAGGCCAUGUAGUUCUAAAGGCAGUCCUAAGGGCAGCCCUAAGCCAGGUUUUAAAGCAAAUUUAAAAGCAAGAUCAAAAGUUACCUCUUUGCCUAAAUUUGGAGCCAAACCACAGGUAGGACCUAGUGGUGCUAAGGCCAAGAACAAGACCAAGUCAAGUCCUGGAGAGAAGAUUCCAAGAGGUGCCCGAUCCAAGACUGCCAUUGGUCUCUCACAGAUACUGGCUACAGGAGAUUCUAAAAACUCGGCAAGAACCAAACUGCCCACUGCAGAACUAAAAAUGUAUGCCAAGAAUAUAGUAAGUAAUGUUCUGGAAACAAUUAUGGAUGAAUUUCAAACAGUGAGGCAGGCUACAGCAACUGUGAGUGUAAAAGCUUUACCUUCUGAUCAAAUCACGACAGCAAGUGAAAUCGUUAAUGGAGUUUUGCAAGGAUUAUACGCUACCAAGAACAGCAAUUUGGCUCAUCCGAUCAAAUGCUCACAUUCGGAUGAUCCCAAACUUGCACAAAAAAAUUUAAGCUCCAUCUCUCUCGCUAGUUCGGAAGCACAGUUUUCGUUGGAGAAUGUUUCCUCACAACUAGAAAAAAUUUUUCCUAAAGAAAAUGUUUUUAAACAAAUGUUUGGAAAAUGGCAGACAGAAUCAAAUGGCAUGGAAAAUGAGAAAUACAAGCUAUUGAUGAUAGCCAAGACUGUUUUGAAUGAAAUUUUAAUAAAAGCAAAAGAAUUGGGAGAGUCAGGCUCACUUUUAAAUCCAUCACCACUUGAGACUUGUGAAAUCAGAUACCAUGAUUUCAAAAGAUCUUCUUCUAAAGCUGAAGAUGCCCAAGUCCAAAUUAAUAUAUUUAGCAGGGAAAUUGUUGAAAGGCUAUUUGAAAAAUUAGAGCUGUGCUUCUUGACACAGCUGCGUGUAACUGAUAGUAAAGAAACUCUAGCAAGCAAGCAAGAAACCACUGCUGCAAGUAAACAUGGUUCCUUAAGAAGAAACAACCUUAACAAUGUACCAAUCUGUAACACGAAGUUGAAAGACAAAAUCGUGGUAGGCCCUGGCAAUCGAAUUGCUCAAGAUAUCAUUGAAGAAAUUCUACAUAUUUUGGAGUCUUUCGCAGACCUACAAUUUAAACAUGUCUCUUCUUGUGCUUUUUCUGAAAUUGUGAAAAUACCUGUGAAAAGCUUUUUUCCUUCCCAGCAGAAACCAUUAAUGAAAACGAAAUUGCCAAAAUUACAGCCACUGAAUAAGUUUCCUGAUGAAUCUAAAUCAAGUAGGAUGAUUUCUCAGGAAAAUAUCCAGAAUACCCUUCGACAGCUUUAUUCAUUCCAUUCAGAAUUGCUUACCUAUACUGCCAAUACCGUCAAUGACAUGCUUCAUAUAAUUAAGAACAAGCUAGACAGAGAAAUACACCAAGUGGAACCAUCUUCGGUUAGCAUAUUUGAACAAAGCAGAGUAGCAAUUCAGAUUGUCGGCACAUUGAUGGACCAGUGUACCCAUUUCUGUGAGUCAUUGAUUAAAAAUCAUGCAAAGGAAAAUCUUAUCGAAGAAACUGAAAACACCUACUCUGUUAGUUGUGCUGAAUUAGCAUCCAAAAUGGAAAUGACCGCUUCCAAGUUAAAGGGAGCUAGCUGUGGAGAUGAUCUACAAAUCAGAGUUCCUAACUUGCUGUUUUGUUCAGAGGAAGUUGUCAAACAAAAGGGUAGGGCUUCCUCAAAUUUACCUCAGGUGCCCCUGAGGUGCUCUGUAGGUAAUACCACUAACACCUCAGAGGCAAUGGGAAGACUUGAAUCAGCACUUAACCCGUCAUAUUCCGGGAAUGAAGUCCGAGACCUCAGCCAUUUUGAUCAAGCCACGAAAGGAAAUAGUUCUCUGCCUGAAGACAGCAUCUUGCACAAACCACCUAAGAAAUCCAGCGACUAUGCUGAAGCAGUGCUGACACAAGACAUGUCCUUCUUCGAAAUGGGAAAAGGUGAAGAGCAAAGAGUGGUUCACCGUGAGCCCCCCAAACCAGCUGUUCAGGUAAGCCAAAUACAGACAACUGUUUCUCCACUCAAAAUAUGUUUAGCUGCAGAAAAUACCGUUAAUACCAUGCUUUUGAGUUACGGCCUUCCAGGGCAACUGCCAAAUACUAAUGAAAAUGUGGAAACAAUUAAGCCAUUUUUUGUAUCAAAAGAGAGGCCUUUUUCCGUAAUGGCUGGAGAACAAAAGGAUGAGGAGAAAAACUUGCUGAAAAUGUGGGGAAAAAGAGUCAACUAUAAAACCAAAGAAAAAAAUAAAAGCUCCGAAGCCAGCGGGGAAGAUUUCCCUUUACUGAAGAAGUGGAAAAAUAAAAAGUCCCCAAGCAGAGAGAAAACAGAGUCUCUUAAAGAGGCAGAAGUAAUGGCUUUUGCCAAUCAGGAGCUGGGUACAAAUGAAAUCCACGUAAUAGCAAGAUACGUUGCUACAUCUGUGGUCACAUACUUCAAGAGCUUCGAAACCAGAGGUCUUCCUGAUGAAAAAGUACCUAUUAUUUCCACAUUAUCAAGGCAAAAAUAUGAAUCAGAACAUCCUCUAAGAAGCACACACCGUGACUCUUCGCUUAAUCAACUUUGUGAACAUCUCACUAAAUUGGUUCUUUCUCAUAUGCUUGCAAGAAUUUCUGAUUCUACUGAAGAGGCUGGGAUAAAACAGAAGGGACUGGACAGUCAAGAUGCCACAUUUAGCAAGGUUAUUUUAGUUCAUUCCUUAAAGUGUGAGAGCCGGUCAAUUCCUAUCAGCGAACUUGCUUUAAGCAUUUCAGAAAUCAUUAUUCGUAUCCUGUUUAAUAGUGACAUCUUAAAGGCAGACAUUACACAAGAAAUGGUUUCUGUAAAAACAAAAUAUAUUUACUGCCCCAGUGUAGAUACGGUUAACAUCGAUGACCUCUUUCAGGAUCUCUUAAUAGGAGUGACUCAGGUUCUAUCCAGAGAAACAGGAAUAAAUCAUCAGCUUGACAGCAAAGGAAGAAAUAAGUCUUCUUCCACGCUUAGAAGCCCUAGUUUGCCCACAGGCAACCAAACCAAAACUACAAAAAGACAGCUGGGCCCUGGAAAUUGGAAAUCUGCUUCUACUCGCCGAAUUAAUCAACUCGUACGAAAAAAUCAAUUAAAUUCUCUGGUAUGUAAGUUAGACAGUCUGGUUAGUAGCCUAAAAACUCGUGAAUCCAAAGAAGUAGUUGAUAAAAUUUUUAAUAUUGUUUUAGAUUUGUUUUUGCCAGAUGAAUGCCCAAUUUGGGAUAUGGAUUCGGGUAAAAUAGCAAGAAAACUGUUCCCAUCCUCUAAUAACCAGCCAGGUAGCAGCAUACCUGGAAAUAACCUAGGUCUUUCCCCCAAAUCUGUUUUUCUUCUGAAUGUUGUAUGUGAGAAACUUAUUCGAAUACUUUUGGAAGGAUGCACAGCCAACAACCUCUUUACGAAUGGCCCUUUUUCGGAUGAAGUAUCAGCAGAAGAAUGUCAACGGUUCGACAUACUUCAAAAUGUAGAGGAUGAAGAAUUUGGUUAUUCCAAGGGAACCAUAGACUACGGAUCACUAGCUCAAGACCAUGACAUGUCAGACCUUUUGGAAAAUCUAGCGGAAACAGACCAAGAAUCUAUGCUUAGUGUUAUUUCCCAUAGCAUGGUGAAAUCCUUAAUGGAAAAGCUAUCACACAGUGUACAGCGGCCCUCCGGAAGUCCACCUUUUACCCCCACGUAUUUAAAAUAUAGAACAAGAGAGAGACUUCCUAGUCUCCCAAGGUCAAAAAGGCCAGAAUUAAAAGAAUCAAGACAGGGUAAAGACCCUGUAAGAUUCAUGAGUUAUGACAGCAAGCCUUUGACAAGGGCAGUGAAUAAUCUCAGGGUGACUAGUUCCAAAAUACAAGCCCCAUUUAGUGAGUCACUUACAGUAAAACCCUCCUCAUCACCUAUUGGAAGACCAAGAGAAAAGACAAUGGAUGCAGCACCCACGCAUAACAUGCUACAGCCGGGAGGCAUCAGCACAGGCGUUUAUUCAGCCAAGUUUUUGGAGGAAAUCAUUUCAGACGUUUUUCUUCAUCUUUUCACCUCAUUGUGGAACAAAAAUGACAACAUCACUGAAGUGCAACUCAAUGAAAUGAGUAUAUUAGGUGUCAGCUCUGUAGUGAAUGAGUUUAAUAAUGCUCAAGUUACUGUUUUACGGGAUGUUGAGGAAAAGCUAUGCUUUCCACCAGUUUAUAAAGAAACUGUUAGUAAGAUUGUUGACACAGUUUAUAAUGAUAUUUUACGGAAAUAUGAAUUACAAGUGGCCUAUGGUGAUAAUCUGGCACAUGUUAUCACCUCAGUAGCCCAGCAAAUAACUCAUGGCAUAUUGAUAGAGAUUUUAGCCUAUGAACUCCCAGUGUGCUAUGUGGGAAAGCUCACGCCCAAUUCGUAUUACCCUCUUGAAGCCAAAAAUAUACUGCAGAAACUUCAAAAUAGCCUGAGAGAACUUCAUUACCCAGUUCAACAUUUAAUAGGCUAUACCACCAUGCUGUCACACUCAUUUUUAGAAGAUGUCAUCAGAAGGCUAUUAUCUCAGCUCAUUCCUCUACCCAGUAAGGCUUCAUGCCUGGGAAAGAAAUAUUUCAUGACUUCAGAUUUUAAUGAGCUAUCGACCUGUAUAAUAAAUAAGGUUAUGUUAGCCAUUUCAAAGCAUAAGAUCUGGCUCACUCAAUGUGAUCAUCACUAUCUAUAUACAGAAGAAAAUCUCCAAAAAAUGGUGGAGUCUGUUUAUAAUAAUAUUUUGCAAAUAUCUGACUCUCUUGUGUCAAUUCAGAAAAGUGUAGUAAGCCAGAGCCCACUUAUGGUCGAUCGAAUGGCCAGUCUUAUUAUUCAAGAGAUUAUUGAAAAUCAUCUUCAACCCUUCUUGUGUGGAGAGGGCGUCUCUCAUUCAAGAACUUCACUGGAUGAGAUAUCAAGUAUGGUUAAAGAGGUUCUCAUUGAAGCCACAGAGGCACAGAGAUCCCAGAAGCCAUUAUCAGUAGGUAUGGGCAUUUGUCCUAAGGCAUUUGUGGAAGAAAUUGUUGCCAGGCUUGUACCAAAGAUCUUCGAUCCAAAAUAUAAAACUGCACUUGAACUGGGAAAAAUCACCCAAAAAAUAGUAAACUCAAUACAUAACCAUUUUAACAAAGCUAAAAUUUGCAUUCUUCGUGAUGGCAAAGAGCCAGCUUUACCCCUUAUAGGCACAGACACUCUGGAUGAACUGGUCGAGUCAGUUUAUAGGAACUUUCUGAUACAGCAUGGGCUGAUCCCCGAUAUUGAUAAUAAAGAAUUCAAAGACAGUGAUAUUUUUAUGGAAAAUAUUGCCAGUUUAAUUGUAGGAUCUAUUUCUGAUUACCUUUUUCAUCCACUGUUUUCUGGGGAUUUGUCCACUUAUUACUACUCUACUUUAACUGCGGAGGACAUUGUUCAGAACAUCCUUGGUGGCAUCAGUAAAUCUACCAAGCCAAGCCACCGUUUAUCUCCGUAUAACACCUUGCUGCCAUACACAUUUUUAGAAGACAUAAUCAGAAUGCUGUUGUCUAGAAUAUUUCCUUCUGCAGAUAACAGGGUUCCAUGCAGAGAAACCCCAAAGGAUAGAUCAGAAGUUAAUUUCAGUGAAAUCUCUUCUAAGCUAAUCAGUGAUAUUAAGGUGAAAAUUUCCCAACAUGAAAUUCGAUUUUCAAAAGACGAUGAAGAAACCAAGUUUGCUUAUUCAGAGGAUGAUACUCAGCAUCUCGUUGACUCAGUAUUCAGAAAUAUUUUGCAAAACUCCGAGUCUCAAGAUGCAGUGGAGCGUGAUCUCAUAAGCGGUAGCAAUGCUCUGAUUGAUAGAGUAGCCGGUUUUAUCAUUAAAAAUAUCUGCCAACAACAUCUGAAUCCAUCUGUGUAUGGAAAGUUACUCUUGCCUUCAGCAUAUCCGUACUUGGAUGAUGCAAGAAGGCAGCAGUUUUUUAUCGGUGUUUAUUCCUCAGCCUUUUUGGAAGAUGUGAUCUUUGGGGUUUUAAGCAAGAUAUUUCACAGGGUGAUGGGCACUGUACAAACAAAAUUUGUAAGAGAGUCCCAAAAAGAACUGUUAGAAACCGCUGAGAAACUCUUGUAUCUGACAACAGAAGAAUUCUCAAAAGCCCAAGUUGGCAUCCUGGAAAAUGCUAAGGAACAAUUGUGUUUGCCACCCGUAGCUAGAGAUGUAGUUAUAAAAAUUAUUGGCACAGUGUAUAGCAAAGUUUUACAAGAAUAUUCGAUGGAACCUGAUAAAGAUUUUCUCCAUGACACAAAGAUGUUGGCUAAGAGAAUAACUAAAGUUAUCCUCGCAGAAACUUUUGACUUCCAAAUCCAUCCAGAUUUCCUAGCAAACCGGUCUUUUAAAUUAGAUUCAAAACUCAAUACUGAUGUUUUGACAAAGAGAGUGCGAUAUGAUAUUAUUAAGUCAAGACUCCAAAGACAGACUUCCACCAUCUAUACCACUGUAUUAUCCCAUACUCAUUUGGAAAAAAUAGUCAGUCAGAUUUUAUCACAGAUAAGUCCAUUGUACUGCAGUGCAGAAGAUCCAGGCCUUUCGCAAUCAGAUUUGAGUAACACAGUCCUGAGAAUGAUCGAUGAAAUCAUGUCAGUGAUUUCUAAGCAUGCAAUAUGUAUUAUUAAACAUGGAAAUGGAAAACAAAAUGUGAUUUCAGAAAAAGAGAUCCAGGCUAUGGCCGAUGCCAUCUACGCCGACUUUUCUCACUCUAACUUAUUCCAGUCUCUUAAAAGAGAUAAAAAAGGCAUAAGUAAUAUGCCUGUUACAGAAAUAGCAAGUUAUAUGAUAAAAGAAAUCUUUAACCAUCAUCUUCAGUCAUUUUUAUCUGAAGAUAAAACUCUCCCUUCAGGUCCAGUUGAUCGAACUUAUAAAAAGAGAGCAAGCGAUCCUAAACAAAGAGAAUUGUCUUUCAUCAUGAAUUCAGCUGUCUUUUUGGAGGAAGUUAUUUCUGAGCUUUUAUGCAAAAUCCUUUAUGCAUUCUCACAUAAUAUCUUAGCUGCCAAAAACCCAUACAAAGCAAAAGCCAGCACAACUGACAUUGUUACAACAUUAGUACGAUCAAUUGUGCUGGAGUUCUCCACAUCAGAAAUUUUAGUUGCAGAUAACUUGGAUGAAAAUCUGUACCUUUCAGAACAGUAUAAAGAAAUGGUUCAUAAAACUGUCAACCUAAUUUAUGAGAAAAUAUUAGGUGAUUACAAAUCUCUAAUUCACGUUUAUAGGGCUAUCCAAAGUGAUGUGAUCGAUUUUGGAAGAAAAAUAUUUUAUUUGCUCUUAGGAGAAAUGUUUGACUAUCAGAUGGAGUCAUUGAUUUCAGGAGAAUUAGCAGCUUCUUACUGUUCCCUGCAAGAGGAGAACAUCCUCAGAAACGUGCUCCAUAUCGUCAACGACGGUAGCCGUGUCUUGCCAUCAUGCAUAACUGUAUUGCCUCGUCCUCUGUUAGAAGAUGUGAUUUACAAGCUUCUAGCACAUAUAUUCCCUUUGUCUGAGACGGAAACCGAACUGAAAGAGGAAGAAGUACCACCAGAUUAUGAAUCUGUGAAUGCAGCUUCGAAACUGGUGGAUGAAAUUAUAACCGAAAUUUCUGAACACGAGGUUCGACUUGCCACAGCAGAGGAGCAUGCAGAAAGUAUGCAGUUAGGAGCAAUGGAGAACUUCAUUGACUGCAUAUGUAACAAUAUUAUGACGAAGUUUAAAUUCCAAGCUGAAGCACAGGAAGACACAAGCAAACAGGAAGGCUCAUUCAUCAGGAGACUAGCUGGUUUCAUUAUGGAGGAAAUCAUGGAUUAUCACCUGAAGCCAUUUUUACAUAAUGAAGAAUCAUCUGCCAGCACCUUACCUGAAAAUGACCAUGCAGUCGAGCUCUGUACUCCUGGUAAAGAAAAAGCAUUGUCUUUCCCACAGCCUUCUGUGUAUUCUGCAACGUUUUUGAAAGAUGUUAUAAUUGACCUUGUCCACAAAUUUUAUGCUCUCCCAAGUAAUUCUGAAGAUCCUAAGGACAAAGAAGUAUCAGAGGGAGACCUCGUGGACAUGGCUAUAAAAUUUGCAAAUGCCCUGACAGGAGAAUUUAGGAAAAGUGAAAUUAAAGUUCUAGAAAAUGCCGAAGAAAUGUUUUCUUUUCCACCAAUUGAUAAAGACACAGUUGAUAAAGUCUCUGAUUCUGUAUAUGAUGAAGUCAUGGAAAUAUAUAGAUCUAACAAUCUAACAAAGAAAGACGGUAGCAGUGACAUUGUUAUAGAGAUAAUUGCUGCUUUAGCUGAGAAGGCAAUCUCUGCUUUCAAAAUUCAACCACUGUUUUCAGGAAAUUGGUCUUCCAUACUCUUUUCAUUUCUAGAUGUGGAUAGCAUCAUCCAAAGGGUUCAACAUCUACCAUUUAAAUCCUCUACAAAGAGAGACAGAAGCUUAGAGGAGAACCCACUUUCUCUAUUAGAACAGUCAUCUGAGCUCACCGUCCUAACAUCAGGCCCGAAAACCAAAAUUGACACUUUGGCAAUAGAUAGAGGUGCAACUAAUAGAAAAGAGAAUUUAAAAAAGGAAGAGACCUCAAUGGAAAAAGACUGUAUCCACGAGCCAGUAUAUACUGCUAUAACUAGCAUUAUGAGCAGCAGAGUAAUUCCCCUAGCAUCGGUGUCAGCUGAAAAUGUGGCAAAUAAAAACAAAAAGCAUAAGAAGAAAAAGAAAUGUUCAAUUAGAAAAGACAGUGAGAAGGUAUCAAAAGUUACUUUUCCAACUACCAGUGUGAAAAGUAAGGAUAUUCAGGGGCCAGAUUUGAGCACAACGCUUAAAAAGAAUGAAAUCGAGAAGAAUGAUGGUUCAGCUAGAAAAGAUGAGGAAGGGCCUGGUGAUAGGAUAUAUAAACAUAUUUCAGCAGCUACCGAUGAUACAAAAACCAAGAAGGUUGUAUUGGAACCGGAUUUAAAAACAGAUGAUAAAAAGCAGUGUGACGAUACCAGAGAAAGUACAUUAGGAAAAGAGGAUGGACCCCUUGAAAUACUUUCUUUGAAAUCCAUGGUGAGAAAUAAAGAGACCCGAGAAAGGAGAACAGAGUCUGCAGUUGUGGAUGGCAAACAAAUCUUGGAUCCUAAAUGUGUCCAAACUGUCACUGAAAGCAUUUACAGCAAUGUUUUAGAAAUAUCUUUUCUUCAUGGACGAACUGAUGAUUCAAAAUUCCAAAAUCCCCCAGGUGAAAGAGUAUCAUCUGUAACUCAGGUGUAUGGCAGGAAUUUUGCACAGCCUGCUUCAACGGGGGAUUUAACCCCCUCAGCUUGCCAGGAAGUUCUGUCAAAUGAGGAAGAGAAAGAGAAGAGUGACGAUAAAGAAAUGAAAAGUAAACCAGAUAGACCUCAGAACCCACCAGAAAAUAAACCUGGGGUUUUGCCUGUUAACUUUUUAGAAGACAUUAUUGCCGAAAUAGCUAACAAACUGAUCUUUUCUUCCUUACCGGCUACACACGAUGCAUGUCAGAAUGUAACCAAUGAUGUAAAUCAAGCUGAGCUCUAUGACACAGCUAUGAAAUUGAUUGAUUCACUCUUAAAGGAGUUUUCAGAUGCUCAAAUUAAACUAUUAAGUCCAGAGCAGGGAAAUCAGCUCUUUUCAUCUAUAGAUAAAAUGUCACCAGUUCAUAAAGUACCUCACAGGCAAAAAGAACCAUCUGUAGAUAAAGCGCCACCCAAAAUAACAAUAAUACCUAUGGCUAAAAUACCAGCCAUGUAUAGUAUGGCCACUGCAGCUGAUGUACCUUCCGAUGAAGUACCUUUUAUUGCUAAUAUGCCAUCAAUCAGUAAGUCAUUGGUUAAUAAGGUUGUCCACUCCUCUAUAUGCAAUAUUCUGCUGGAGUAUGGAUCUCAAGGUUCCAUUUGUGGGGACAUAAACAGUAAUGGCAACAAAUUAGCAAGAAGGCUAGCUAGUGCAGUCAUAGAAGAAAUUUUUCAACACCAGCUAGACUUUCUACUUUGUGAUGUGGCUCCAUCUUCAGUAUAUUUACCUCUAGAAUCUAAGGAGGUUAUUAAAAAGCUCCAAAAGGUGACCGAAACAGCAUGCAAAGAAUGUCAAACAUCAUUGCCACAUACCAUAAUGCUGCCACAUAAAUUUUUAGAGAAUAUCAUUUCUUCUCUUCUAUCAAAAAUUUUCUCAACAGUAGCCAACACUGAAACAGAAAUAUUUGAGAACAACUCGUACACAGAACUGGAUUUCCUUCAAAUGAAGUUAGUGAGUACAAUUAUGACACAGAUCGCCAAAGAUAAAGAUAUGAUUAUACAAUACGUAGACUCCUUACAUCCUAAUGAUGAUGAAAUUAUUCAAUUAGUGGCUCAGACUAUUUAUAACAAUCUCCUCCCGCAAUUUGCAUCACAAGAGAUCAUACAAAAUUGUGUCUCCAAGGGUUGCAGAAUCCUUUCUGAAACCAUCGUCUCUUUAGUUGUACGAGAAGUGGCUGGCAAUCAACUGCAAAACUAUUUUUCUGAAAUGCUGAGUCCACAUCAGUGCACUGCAGUAGACUCUGUGGCUGGAAACAUCCUUCAAAAUGUCAUCCAAAACACUGAGGUUGUCCAGCCCCAGCCAUCGUACACUUACAAACUGCCUUUUAACAUCAUAGAAGAAAUUGCUGUCAACUUUUUAUCAAAGCUUUUAUCCAUGUUUCCAAAAGCAGAUAAGGAACAAAACAAUUCUCUAAAUCCUGAAAUGCAAAAAAUAACCUCAAAAAUCUUAAAUUCGCUUCAAGAAUAUAUCUCUAAAAGUCAGAUUAAGGUUGUACCACAGGCCAAGGAAAAUACUACCAUAUCUUCAGCAGAUAGUGCAACUAUUGAAAAGGUAGUUAGUUCUGUGUACAACAGUGUUUUAAAGCACUCUGGCUCACAUACUUCUGUGUUUAAAGAUUUAAUGGGUCAGAGCAAUGUCCUAGCUGAUAUAAUUGGUUUUUUAAUGGUGAAGGAAAUCUCCAACUCAGAAUUGCAGCCACAAAUGGAGGAAGAAGCCUCAAGUUCAGAAUUACUUCUGGAAGCUGUCAUAAUUUUGGACAAAGUGACUAAAAUUAUCGAUGACCUUAAGUUGAAGGAAAAGCCUGCAUCCAGGAAAGGUUCUGUAUUAGAUGCCAUGUUUUUAGAGGAAACAUUGGCCUUGUUUUUGGCUAAACUAGCGAAGUUGCCAUGUGCCUCAAACCGAGAUGCAAAAACCUUAUCAAAGCCUGAGCUAAAUAAAAUUGCAUCUCAACUGACAAAAUCCGUGACAGCUGAAAUUUCUAAAAAUAACAUUAGCAUUGUAGCUACUAAUCCUGAAGAGCACCACCUAACUCCAGAAAAUAUGGAAAUGAUUUCUCAGGUGGUUGAUUCAGUCUAUAAUCAUGUGCUACAACAGUCUGGCACACACGAAGACCUUUACCAUGAUAUGAAAGGUACAAACAGAUUCUUUCCUCAAAAAGUGGCUUCUUUAAUUACUAGUAAAAUUUCAAAUUAUCCAUUAGAAACAACUGGCUCAAAAACUUCGAGUGCUGACCUCUUUGGUGAUCUGAAUGUGGACAGAAUUGUUGAAAAGGCACAUGAGCAUGCUGUCAAAAUGGAGCCUCAGCUAGAGGAAGAAAUGUUACAUGGAGAAUUGAUUGGGCUUCCCACGUGUAUCCUUCCAUAUCGUGGGAAGCAGCCAAUAACUAUCGGCCCAGAUACUGUUGCUGAACACCUAGGAGUAAUCUCUAUUAAAACACAACCUCUCGAGAAACUAAAAAUUGAAUGUUUAGAGAGAACUGGACAUAGCAUAGAAGAACUGAGAAGAGCUGCAGUCAGUGGGAGGAGCUACAUAGUAAAUACACCUGGUACAGGCCAGAGACAGAAAGAAGGGCGUGUUUCAUUGGAUAAGAGUGGACGACUGGAUGUAAAGCCCUUUGAGCCAGCUACCAGGAAUUCGUUUCCGAAUUUGAGAAAGCCUGACAUCACCAGGGUGGCGCUUUUAAAAGACGUCAAGGACAAAAAAGACCUUAUCAUUCGGUUGUCUGCUCAUGAUAUUGACCACAAAAGCACAGGAAAUAAGAUAGAGAAGGACCUGAUUUCAGAUGAAGAUGAAGCUGUUUUACAAGAGGUUGUAAAAGGAGAAUGCUUUGAAGGUCUAGUUGAAGAUCAAGUGAAAGAAGACAUGAAGCCAAGAGCAAGCGCAGCGACCUCUCCCAAGCCUAUAACAAGCAUGAGCAGUCUGAAAAAAAGGUUGUCGCUUGGCAAAUAUUGUCCCAAAUCCACUCCAACUCCAAAAAGUGUUACCACGCAUUCAACUCAGUUGACAGAAUCUGCGGAAACGCAAAUGAAAAGUAUUCUUUCUGGCAGAGACAGGACCACCUCACAGUCCUCCACUGGCACAGCCUCUACUCAUUGGGAGAAAAACACACAGCCCAGCGGGGAAGAAGGAAGAGCUAUGACUGAAUCGACACACUACUUACUACACAAAAUUAGGAGUUCAUCCUCAUAUGACGAAGAGGAUCUGACUUCAUUUUCUAGUGACAAUGAGGGCGAUCGUACCCAUGAUCCAAGUGCCAAAAUAACAGAAGGAAGUUUUGAAGUUUUCAACUCAGAGAAUCCAAGCAGUAUUAAGUUUACCACACUCUUUCAACGUGACAGUAUUCUUGCCAGUGCAUGUUCCUCGAGUGAGGGCACAUCAGACUCUGGCAAACCUACUACUUCCAAACGGGGGUCGGAAGUGAUGAAAAAGGUAUCAGCAACUCUGUCAAAAGUGUUUUCAAAAUCAGAUGCUAAUAAACCCAAAGCUUCUUCAUCCUCACACCCCAUAACCAGGAAUGACACGGCUACACCGGACCUAAAUAAGCCUGCCGACCUUUCUUAAAAAAUUAAAUGGUUU